AUGGCUGAGCGAGAUGGCUCGCCCAUGUCCACGUCGUCUGUGCUAUCCACCAUCGCCGUCCAGCACACCGGCGCCCGCGCCGCCUCCAGCGCGUCGCCGCCGCCCAUCUCGACACCGCCCACGAGUCUCGACGACGGCGCCAGCGUCAUGUCCGACACAACCAAACUGGAACACAUGACCGAGUUGUACGAAGAGGCCUCGGCCACACCUCUGCCCGGCGCGCCGGUCGAUACGCCGCUCUCCGCGCGCCACACGCCGAACACCGAGGGUCGCCGCCCGUCACGAAGCUCGCGCAAGUCUGUCACCACAUACAACGUGCAGAUCCUGGCCGGAACCGCAAUCCACACACCCACAAAGUACCUCGAGAAGCACCACAAGAAUGUCCUGCACGGCUCGCUGGAGGCACUGGCCGCCGCCGCCAGCAGCGACGACACUCCCGCAAAGAAAAGGACACCCAGAUCAAAACUUGGAGCGGCCGGCACCGGCGACUCUGCAGAAGAGCAGCUCACUGCCGAAGCAGCGCAAGCCGUGCGUCGCCGUACCUCCUCACGGGGGACCGACCUUCGCAAGGAGGCUCUGCGCAAUCUAGCCGGCGUGGGCGAGGCCGUGACAAACUCACUAGCUGGAGGCAAGUCUUUCGUCCAGAAGGCCCUUCGGAGAAGUGCGUCAGACUCUAAUCUGAAGUCCGCUACAUCUUCUGCGAGUACUGCAUCAUCAAGACGCCCACGGACUGCAACGGAUACCGCCGACGAGGAAGAUACAGACGGCGCACUGGAGCAGAAGGAAUAUCUCAAGCCCAAAACCAAGACCUGGCUAAGGCAGGGCCUGUACGUCGGUCAGCAUCGCGACUUCGACCCUCGCUUGUCAGAAGCUCAGAAUCGAGCAAGGAAGAGGGCCAGAAAACACAAAGAAAACAAUAUGCUCCCUCUCCCUAUGUUCGCUGGAGAUCGUCUUCUGAGCGAGGAUCCUCGGCACGUACAUCGACACUUCAAACUUCCAUUCGAUACAUACAACCCCUUACCUAGGAAGGUCAAAGUGGAUGGCUGGGUUAAGCUCUCCAAAAAUCGAUUCAUCGGAGAUGCAUCCGCCUUGUGGAAACGAGACAAACAGGAUUCUUCUCAGUGCUAUUGUGAUCCCGAGGAUGGAUGUGGAGAAGCCUGCCACAAUCGCAUCAUGGCGUACGAAUGCGACGGCACCAACUGCAGACUUACAGCAGAACAGUGCGGAAACCGCCCUUUUGCAGAGCUCAAGCGACGCGGAAAAGGAAAUGGCUACGACUAUGGCGUCGAAGUUAUGGAGACUGAAGGCCGUGGAUAUGGUGUCCGAGCAAUGAGGACUUUUGAGCCCCAUCAAAUUAUUGUUGAGUAUGCUGGCGAAAUCAUCACUCAAUCCGAGUGUGAGAGGCGGAUGAAACAAGUUUACAAAAAGGAUAAAUGUUACUAUCUCAUGAGCUUCGACAACAAGAUGAUCAUUGAUGCUACUCGAGGCACUAUCGCCCGAUUCGUCAACCAUUCCUGCGAGCCCAACUGCGAGAUGAUCAAAUGGACUGUUGGCGGAGAACCAAGGAUGGCAUUGUUUGCCGGUUCCCGUGGAGUCAUGACUGGAGAAGAACUGACGUAUGAUUACAAUUUCGACCCGUUUUCCCAGAAGAACAUACAAGAAUGCCGAUGCGGUACGGAGUCUUGCCGUGGCGUUCUUGGCCCGAAGCCAAAGAAGCUGGUAGAAGAGAAGUCUAUAGCUUCUGCUUUGAUUGCUGGAACAAAACGUAAACUGCAAGAUUUCCUCGGCUCAAGUCGUGCAAAGUCAGAGAGUCACGCUGGCUCCCCCAAAAAGCGGAGAGUUCACAUCGGAAAUUCUGGUACUACGAGAGUCAAAAAAUCGGAUGUAGUAUCCAAAGCCGCUCGCGAACGAGCCGAAGUCGAUGCAGCUGAACAUUCCAGGCAAAUCGCGUCUCGAGAGGACCGUGCUCUGAAGCGGUCUUCUACUUUGACUAUUUCGAGACGGUCACGACCAACUGUACUGCGGCACACAACCAAGGGCUCGCUCAAAUCGACUAGACACACCACAGUCAGCCUGCAGCGGAAGGUGGUAAGACCUGGGGCUCUGAAGGCCGUCAGCAAGCCCUCCCGCAUGCAAGCCGCACUGCGACGUACCAACGCAGCCGUGACUGGCAGAAAGGGACUGGCACCCUCUCGAAGGCCAAGCACUCCCAUCUCGGGCUCUGAUGCUGAAGACUACGAUUCUGACGAUGAUACCUCCCCCAACAUAACGCCAGCCUCCUUGCGUAGCGCGUCCAAAGGCGGUAAAAAGCCUGCCUUCAAUUCUGCUUCAGACUCACAGGCUACGCCCCCUCGACGGAACGCUAAACAAAGGGAAGCAACGCAUGCCACUGCCAUAGAUACUUCCAAAUCCACACGGAGAAAGAUUACUUCCACCUCCCGAAGCAUGCAUGACACUGGCGCGGGCGUAAAGAAACCAUUUUACCCUGCUCAACGCAGGCCAAGAACUAUGAGAGGCAGGUUCUUGCCCAAGGAUCUACGCUGA